GCAGUAAGCAGAAUCACGGAACAUGACACACACUCUGAAUUUUUUUCUGAGCGUCGUUCUCACGGGAUGUGUGUGUGGAUUAAACCCGAGCGUGUGGCAAACGCCGCGAAUCAUAACUGCAGAGUCGGGAGAGCGAGUGAACAUCAGCUGCAACUUCACACUCAGGACAUCACAGCGAGGACGAUGGAGAGUAGCGUGGAGGAAAAAUAACGACACAGUAUUUCUAAAUGAAAUUUAUAAUAUAUCAGAUAUAAAACCUAACAUUUUAACUGGUGUGAGUAAAUCUCACACACUGACGUUUCCUUCAGUGGACGAGAGUCACAGUGGGAUUUAUUACUGUACAGUGUGGCAGGAUGUUCCGCAGCUCGGACCAAAAACUGAGGGUGGAGGAACACAGCUAAUCGUGAACUCCACUGUGAGAAACAUCACCAUCAUCAGCAAAGACACGACUGCUGAUCAGUCAGUAACGUCAGUAAUGUUAGUAAUGUGGGCGGCGCCGUUAGCUUUAGCGCUGAUUAUUGGCUGCUUUACGUCCGUCACGUGCUGUUUUUACAGAGGUUGCUGCAUGGAACCAAAACUAAAGAGGGAAUACCAGGAGCUGAAUGCAGAAAGCGCAACAGUCACCGAGGUUGUGUACUCCUGUACAUAAAACCAACACCUUAAAUGUUUAAUUCAAUUUAAUAUACAUUAAUAUACACAUCCAUUAACGUAAGAGUUUUAUAAAGUUUAUAAAUUUAUGAUAAAACACUUAAAUGUUUUGUUUAUUUCUCUUCUACAUUUUCAUCGUAUUAUAUGAUUUUUCACUUUUCUGUUUAGCGUUUGCAUAAAAAUGUGCUUUAAAUCGUUUCACAAAAAUAUUA